CCACGGCACUCCUAAUGAAUGGAGACAAGAUCGAAACAUGUCUCAUAGGACACCACAGGAUAGAAAACAUACAUAACGGGAAGGUCGCCAGCGGAUCUGUUAAAGCGGGCGGACAAGAUAAGCCGGCCCCGGGCGAAUACGUCAGAUGGGAUGCGGAGGGCGUCGAAGUUGUCCAGCCGGAGGAACGGGAGAAGAUCCAGGCCGUUGUGGGCUGAAAAGGC